UAAGGUCCCUUCCAACCCAAACCAUUCUAUGAUUCUAUAUUUUUAAUUUUUAACUACUGCUUACACAUUUCCACAUCUGUGUGGAAACAGGAGUAUUUUUAACAAAUUCUAGGCAGUUUUACUGAAAGAACUGUGAUAUGUUCACAUAAACGUUAGUUUGUUUAGAAGUCUCUUCAAGUCCUGCUCCUGUUCCUAUAAACUGCUUUUAAAAUAAAAGUAAAAAACCUCAUGGUUUAAAUCCCAGGUACUGCUAUUUUGAUUUUACUUGCAUCCAAGUAAAUUGGGAAUAACUCUGCUGACUUGUAGUAAAGGAAGCAUACGCAGAAUCAGGUCUUUACUAGGUUGUGCUGAACUCUUCUUUUCUGAUAAACACACACAUUUCCCAUACACAUACUCUGAGAUGGUAUAAAACCGGAGAAUCCCAUUGAAUUCAGCAGAGAAACAUUUGAGGAAGUAGCCCACAGUAUUAGAAAGCUGAGCACCAUACAUGUGUCCAAAACAGCCACCUCUUUGUAAAGCUUAGCUAAAUAUUUUGUCUCCUUGAAUUUAGAUUUCUCAUUCAUCUUUUAGUCAUCUGUGCUUGUCACAGAAAUAGACCGUACAAGAACAGUUCUGCUUAAAGCAAACUUCAUCCAUGUCUCAAUUCUCUUAGAUUAGAAGUGUACACUAACUGUGUUUUUAAAUCCCUCUUAGACUAAAUAGGAACAACACUUAUUUUUUACUUUGUUGGUCUACAAACCAGGAAAAUAUCUGUUGUUUCUAAAUUUAAAGUGUGCACAUAACGUAUAAAACAUAUUUAGCAGUAUAGUAAAAAUUACCAGCUGUACUUCAGUACUGAAAUAAAAGUAAGCAUUUAUCAUCAAAUUCAAAUGUUCUAGAUAGCAUUCUAACAGAUUCAUUCUGAAAUAAAUUGCGCUAGCGAACUUGUAGAGGGUGUGUUCAGAACUGACCACUUUUUAACAUAAAGGACAUCGGGAAUUUGAUAUGCCCUGCUCCUUGCUUUCCUUAAGAAAUAUGAACACUGAAAAAUAAUAAUGAACUGAUUUAUUGUACAAAAGAAAACGGGGAUUUGAUAAAUGAAAUGCAUUAUUAUGCUUUAAAAUAAAUAGAAACCCCCAUGUUCUUUGGAUUUCCACAUAUGUUGUAUGUGUUGAUUAAUGUUUGUAAGUAAGUGAAAGGAAUUUAAACCAUUUAUGGAGGAACAGACUUAAAGAGCAUUCCCCCACAUUGCGUAACAGUUCUUUUGAUGACACGGGUGCACACUUGGACUGCAAAGGAAAAAAUCCUGCUCUUCCUCCAUAUAAAGAACAUUGUCAAGAUUACCUUAACCUACUGCUAAAGAAUAUCUUUAUUUUUUAGUGCACUUUUCUUGUACCUUUGAAAACUGUCUUGCUUUCCAAAUGAAAACCUAAAAUAUUUUUUACAAAAUGAUUACAUUUAAGAAUGAACAGCUGUUUGCUGUGCAAACUAUCACCAAUAAGCCCGGGCAGAAAUACGUCCUGUAUCGUGAACAUAUCCAAUAUGAAAGGGUUUAUAUGAUGUAAUUGCCUACAAUGACAGGGACUACACAUGUUGACCAAGAAGUCCCUUCCUGAUCCCUGUGUCAUCUGUCAAUUUUUCUUUUUCCAGUCCUUUCCCAAGGGACAGUAUCAGUCUAUAAUAAAUUGCCCUUCUUCCAGUGCAAGAUUCUUGUAUAUAUUAUUAUUCCUGUUUGUUCCAAAAACCACAAGGAUUGUGGCAGUUCCACCACAGGUAUUGUUUACACUUAAAUAUCCUAAUAAAAGAAAGUAUUUAGGUUACAUCCUUAAAUUUAUAGUGGGAGAGGGAGAAGGCUGUAACAGACUGAGAAAUUUGAGCACUCUAAGUUCUGACCAGGAGAAGCUGCCAUAAACAAAACGAGAGAAGACAAGGGCACGAAAAUGUGUUCUGUUAGUAGAGUCAGCAACAGGGACAGAUGGCAUCAAGGGGGGAAACACAGCCCUUGUGUGGAACUGGAGAUGUGGCACCAGGGAAGUUUUCAAAAGAGUCAGAAAAGAACAACUGAGAGAUCAAACCAGAACUGCAGUUUCAAUGAGACUGAAUUUCAGAGAAAGGUAGAGAGGAUUGUAGACAAAAGGAAGAACAAGAAGGGCAAAUGGGAAUAUCUCAUCAGGUGGAAAGGCUACGGAAGCAAUGAAGACACCUGGGAACCUGAACAUCACCUAUUACAUUGUGAGGAAUUUAUUGAUGAGUUCAAUGGACUACAUGUUACUAGAGAAAAGCGAUCAAGACAUGGGAAACAGGCCAGUGCUCCAAAAUUUUUACGGGAAAGCCGAGGGUCAUCUGUUGAGAAAAUAUCACAUAGACCUUCUGAAUCUGGGAAGUCUAAAGGGUCAGCACACAAAAGGAAGAGAAUUAAUCCAUCUCUUCAAAAACAGAAAAGAGGAUACGCAGCAAAGCCAGCAUCUACUAAUGACAGGGCUGCUAAAACUGUGACUUACCGAACUACUCCCAGCGGUUUACAGAUCAUGCCACUGAAAAAGCCACAUAAUGGUCUGCAGAAUGGAGAUGGCAGUCAUGAAAAAGAUUCUAGACAUUUUGGGAAUGGCUCACAACAGCAAAACAUGGAUUUAAAUGAUCAUGAAGGAGAACAAAAUUUGCCCAGCGUGUUGGAAGUUGGUAAUGAUUCACCCGUUGUGAAUGGAAUUGGUUCUUCUCUGGCCAAUGGAAGCUUGAAUCUACACAGCACUGUGAAAAGGAAACUAGAUGGGGAGAAAGAUUAUGUCUUCGAUAAGAGACUAAGAUACAGCGUGCGUCAAAAUGAAAGUAACUGUCGGUUCAGGGACAUUGUAGUCCGGAAAGAAGAUGGUUUUACACAUAUUCUGCUGUCCAGUCAGACGUCAGAUAACAAUGCACUGACCCCGGAGAUCAUGAAGGAAGUUCGGAGAGCAUUGUGCAAUGCAUCAGCUGAUGACAGUAAACUCUUACUUCUCAGCGCAGUGGGAAGUGUAUUCUGUAGUGGCCUAGAUUACUCAUAUUUAAUUGGCAGGUUAUCCAAUGACAGAAGAAAGGAAAGCACUAGGAUUGCAGAAGCUAUAAGGGAUUUUGUAAAAGCUUUUAUUCAAUUUAAGAAGCCAAUUGUGGUUGCUAUCAACGGUCCUGCUCUUGGGUUAGGAGCUUCUAUUUUACCACUAUGUGAUAUCGUUUGGGCAAGUGAGAAGGCAUGGUUUCAGACACCAUAUGCAACAAUCCGACUCACUCCAGCUGGCUGCUCAUCAUACACAUUCCCGCAAAUUCUGGGUGUUGCACUGGCAAAUGAAAUGUUGUUCUGUGGGAGAAAGCUGACAGCACAGGAAGCCUGCAGCAGAGGACUAGUGUCACAAGUAUUUUGGCCAACAACAUUUAGCCAAGAAGUGAUGCUACGAGUGAAAGAAAUGGCAUCCUGCAGUGCAGUGGUAUUGGAAGAGUCAAAAUGUCUCGUGCGGAGCUUCCUGAAAUCCGGACUUGAAGAUGUGAAUGAGAAAGAGUGUCAGAUGUUAAAACAGCUGUGGAGUUCUUCCAAAGGACUGGAUUCAUUAUUCAGCUACUUACAAGACAAAAUUUAUGAAGUCUGAUGUCUUGGCCUAACUUAAAGAGAAAAUGCUCCACUUGCAGAGUCAAACAUUACCUGUGUUUGAAAAGCAGAGGCAAUGCAUCAAUGAGGAAUUUGUGACAGUGUAUCCUAAUACAUAUGGUUGUGUCGAUUUCCUUGUGAGCUACACAGCUGCUUGUAGCUGGUUUGAUUUUGUGUAACCGAGACGUAGGCAGGCUUGUUCAGUGCACAUAAUCUCUACAGAGGGCUGCAUCUUUCACAUUGCUCAUCCAGAUAAAAGUAUACAUUCCAUGUGCUGAGAAGCACCACCGAGGCCCAAUAAGGCACACCAUCUGUAAUGAUUUAUUUUGUCUGUCCUUCUUAACUUAUUCUUGCUGUUGCAACACAUCUGGGCUGACGCAGAGGGCUCAAUCUAAAAACUGGGUCAGCACAAUAUUUUGUAGACCCAAACACCAUACUUUAGAAAUAUUUUAAUUAUUUUUUUUCUAACAGUGUAAUGGAAAAAUCUGAUAAUUUAUAUGUAUAAUAUGUAAAGUUAGUUUUACAAAAACUACUAGGAUUUUUUUGUUGAAUUUAUUUAACUUAUUUAUUUUGUGUUCAUAUUCAGCUGUUUAUUGAUCACAGAUCUUAUUUUCAUAUUUCCCUUGACUGAAUUAAUGGCAUCACAUAAGAAUGCAAACACAUUUUCAGCAGCAAAUUGUGUAGAAAAAUAAAGAAUAUAUAGAAAACACACAGAAUGCUAUGGGCAGUAAAAGAAACAGCCACGUGCAUGCUCCUCUAUGUGUAAAAUUGUAUUAAAAAAUGUAUGAAAUAGAUUCAUUUGCCAGGGUUAAGGGGAGAAAAGUGGAUUCUGAAACAGUGAGCCCCCCUUAAGUCUCUCUUCACUUUCUGCCUUCUUGAGGAGCACUGAAGGGCUUGCCAACAAGAUGCUUUGUUUAAGUUUACUAUAUUCCUGUUAGCCAGAUAUCAGUAACAGGGUGAGUGAUGCCGUUAUGUGGCAUCACACUGUUUUUCAGGUUUAAACAUCCCGUUUUGGUCUGAAGUCUAAAAGCAAAUCCUUAUGAGCCUUAGUCUAGUUGCCUGAUUCCUCAGGUGUGAGAUAAUUUCUGCUCUGGAGGCCUUUGGGUGUGGGCCAACAGUUUAUACAAGGUGCUAGGUAUUGAAUUAAGUGGAGGGAGAGGUUUUGUUUUGCUUCUCCCAGCUCUCCACAUCUGGCCACCCCACCAUCUGUUACAAGAACUUAUGGCUGUCCAUAAAAGCAGUCCACAAUGAACAACAAAAAUCCAAUCUGCUAUUUUAGAAUGUGAUCCUAGUACUUUUCAGUGACACUGACUGACUUCUGAACACUGGAUCUCUCUCAGUUCUUUCUUGCUAGUAAGGCAAUUAAUAUGGGAAUAACACAAGCAUGCUCUGUGACUUCACCUGCCAUUUUAGUAAGCCCAAAUGAAAACCUCUUGAAGCAGAAGCUUUGCACAUUUGUUUGCUUUGUAAUUUGUGCACUUGCUCUCCCAUCCUUGAGCUCAGUGAUUUGUUUAUGGUUUAAACCUCUGCAAAUGAGGCUGCUAGGUUUUCUCCCUCCCCGUAUUUCCAUGAAGAGUUUCAACAAAGCCUUUGUAAAGUUAACGAACAGGUGAUGAUAGUAAACAGUAGCCUUCAACACAUUAAUAUAACUUUUUUUUUCCCCACAAAUAAUUAGAAGCGCUGUUACUAUGGCCUAAUUGUAUCACUGAAUUUUAAGGAAAUCAUUACCCUAAAGGCAGAAGUUCUUAUGGAAAUUCUUCAUUAGAAAGAGAAAAAUCUGGCUUCUAAUUAGCCUCUUUUAAAUGUUUUCCAAAAAACUUGCCAAAACAAGUAACUUACUUAUUUUUAAAUGGCUGAAACAGAACUCUUUCAAUAACUAUUUGAAGUGAUAGAUGCACCACUUGUUUUAUACUAAUACUUGCUUAUUUCCACAACCUGCCAGCAAUGCCAGAGAGUGCAUGUGCAAAGACUUGGUUGGAUCAAGGCCACAAGACCCCCUACUAUGCCAGUGUGCGCACGUGAGUCACCUGUACAGCAGUCCCAUUAAAAUGAGAGGGAUUACUCAAGUGAAAACCACUCGCAUACGUGUUUGCACAAUCAGGCCUCCAGCAUAUGACUUCAGAAAAAAAAAAAAAGAAAAAAAAAAAGCAAUGGAAAGUACCAUGAUUCCUCAAUUUCCUUUAUUUCCUUUAUUCCCGUCCAGAGAGCCAUAACUCCUAGUCAUGUGUUAAUAAGAUAUUAGGAAGUUUAUUUCAAUACUAUGCUUGGGUUUUGUAGAUAAAUAUAGAAAAAUUGCUCAGCAAUGUGAAGGUAUGCUUUCCAUAUGAGAUUUUCAAAGAGAGAAGAAUCAUAAGUUGUUAGACCUUUAAACUGCAUCAUUUCAUCUGAAUUUUCAGAUAUCUGUAUCUUAGCAUUUUUUAUGACAAAGGAAUGGUUGAAAUACAUUUUCUAUAAUUAUUUUUCCAUUAAAGCAAGCGCUAACCAUAGUUAACAUUUUUAAUUAUUCAUAGCUAUACAGUUACAAUCUAGUUUUCAAUGGAACCUAUUUUCCCUUCAAAAAAAGAGUAAUAACAACGUCAAAAGCUUCUUUUCCAGUAUUUGGAUCAGAUCAGAAUCAAUUUUCUCUUGUGUUUCUGUCCUUACGAGGUAUUCAGAUAUCUAGAUGUACUGUACAUAUUAGUCUGGGUACCUUUACUAAUAUUCACAGUAUUUAAGACUAUAAAUGCAAUUUGUUGUUAAGUAUGUUAUUUUAUUCUUGUGUAAAUUGUUUUGUACAAUCUUUAAAAACCUACAGUUUUGCAUUUGUAGAUAUUAAAGGUAAGCAAUUUAUUUUGUGUUGUCCUGCAUGUAUAUUUUUGCUGUAGAUAAGUGUUGCUUAGUUUACUAUUUCAGUACAUUUCUGUUUAAAUGAAUAAGCUUACAAACUUUAAUACAGUAUAUAUUUUCAGAAUAUAAACUUUUAUAUUUCUGUGGUAGGUUAGGGUAUGCGUUUUAGGCAAUCUUUUUCACUACUAUUAACUGUUCUUUUAAUCUAUAAUAUAAUGGUUUUGUGCCAAUAGUUUUUCAUUAGAAUAAAAUGCUCUUUUAAUGUUAGGGAUAAACAGACAAUUUUGGUUGGGGUUUGUUUUAUUUUGGUUUUUUUAUUAUUAUUAUUUUGCCAGCCUUUACAGUUUUAAAUGUAAUUUAUAAAUGUAUUGCAUUUGUGAAUAAGCCUUACCAUUAGGUACAAGAAAUCUUUAAAGCUACAUAAUUGCUUAUGUAGUACUAAGGACUUCCCCAAAUAAUUGCUGUAAGAAAGUUAGCAAAUCAGAGUACAGGGCCUUAAGUUUUUCUUGUGAAAAGGAUAAUACGGGUUGUUUCUUCUGAACAACAUAGGUAGACUUGUCAGCAUGGGCUUUGUUAUAUAUAAACUGUGCAUUUGUACUCCCAACCACAGUAGUUUAAUCUCAGGCUUUUUGUGGCUGGGUCUAUAAAAGUCAAAUCUGGCUAAAGCCAGUGCUCUUUAGGAGACACUAAAGAAGUUUACAUAAGAGACUUAUAGACAAUCUUAAUCAUAGUACAUUUGGGUACUCGGUAUCCUAGAUGUGUUAUCUGUGUCUGCCCAAUUAACCGUAUGUUUUAAGCCAUAUUAAAUCUCUUUACUGCUACUUUAAAUACUACACUGAAAGUCAUUCACUAGCUUGCUUACUCACAGACAGGAUUUGAAUUUUUAGUGAAUAAAAAUAUUAUGCCUUCCAUAAAAACAAAGGACCAAAGAAUUGCAUUAUUCUAACAAAGCAUUAGUUCCUUCGCCAGUGAACUAGUUUGACAUUUGUGCUGAAGAUCAGAUAGUCUCUUUCUGCUACAAACACUGCAUUCUCAUCCAUGUCAAGUGUAAGGGGAAAAGAUGUAUCCACUGACCUAUUGGGAAAGGAGUGACGUUCAGCUAGGAUGGCAUGUCUAUUGGUAAGGCUUAUUACCAAACCUCUGAGAUGAAGCAAAGAACCAAAAAUUCACAAAUUAUGUCAAUGUAAAUUUAUUUUCAGAACUUGCACAAAUAAUUAAUUGUAGAACUUUGCAAAUUAGGCCCUUAAGUUAUUUUGUCAGAACGCCAUGGAACAGACUAAAACAGUUUCUAAUAUUUGUAAUGAUGAGUACAUAUUAUAAUAUUAUAAGGGUACAGGCACCCCUAUAUCACAGUGUUGUAAAUAUUUUCUGAAACUGGUACAGUACUGAGGGACUUGUAUCUUCUGAUAUAUCAAAUAUUGACUGUCUAGAUCAAAUUGUACACAAUUUAUUUGUUGAUGGUCCUGUAACUAGUGUAUGGACACAUUUCUGGGUGCCUUAGAAGUUGUAUUUUUCAUGUGUGUUAAUAUGCAGUAUUUAUACAUUGUGAGAAGCUGCUUUGAAUAAAAACAUUGAAACUUCA